ACUCCUGCCUGUUUGUUUCCGGCGCCGGCGACUGUCGCACCUACCUGUGUUGGAGCUUUAUAAUUGUCCUGAACAAGCGAAUGAUUUGUCACUUUCAGCUGUUUAAACCAGAGCUGGACGCUUUCCUGGAGUAAACAGUUUAUAAGAGUUAUUAUCAGCUGUCAAGUGGAGUGAUAGCGAGGAUGAGUGCGGAUGGAGGGAAGCCGGUGAAGGUGGGCUCUCUGGUGGAGGUGAUCGGUAAAGGGCAGCGCGGCACCGUGGCGUAUGUCGGCGCGACGCUCUUCGCCUCAGGGAAAUGGGUCGGAGUCAUCCUGGACGAGCCAAAGGGCAAAAAUGAUGGCACUGUGCAGGGCAAGUCCUACUUCAACUGCAAGGAGAAUCAUGGGAUAUUCGUCCGCCAGUCCCAGAUCCAGCCGAUCGAAGACGGAGGAAGCUCGGCUACUUCGCCAGACACACCCGAGUCAGGCAUCGCCAAAGUGCCUCGGAAAGAAACGCCUGGAAAAGGAACCAGACAGACUCUAACUACAAAGAAGGCCGCUGUGCGCCGUAGUACCAAGCCCAGCCGUCCCUCCAGCGCUGGCUCGGAUCUCUCGGGAUCAGUCUUGCUGGAGAACGAACCUGCCACUCCUUCCCAGAGUGCAUUGGGGGCUCCCAUGAUGCCACAGCCCAGCAGGACCACUAGUGAGGCCCCCAGCAGCCCUGCUCCCUCUAUCUCCAGCAAAGAGGAGGAGGCUCUGCGUGCUCAGGUGAAGGAUCUCGAGGAGAAGCUGGAGACUCUCCGUAUAAAGCGGACAGAGGACAAAGCCAAGCUGAAGGAACUCGAGAAGCACAAGAUCCAGCUGGAGCAGCUGCAGGAGUGGAAGAGCAAAAUGCAGGAGCAGCAGAAUGAGCUGCAAAAACAACUCAAAGAGGCCAAGAAGGAAGCGCGUGAGGCUCAGGAAGCUAAAGACCGCUACAUGGAAGAGAUGGCAGACACGGCAGACGCUAUCGAGAUGGCCACUCUGGAUAAAGAAAUGGCAGAGGAAAGGGUGGAGUCUCUGCAGCAAGAGGUGGAGAGUCUGAAGGAGAAAGUGGAGGAGUUGACCAUGGACCUGGAGAUCCUUAAACACGAGAUUGAAGAGAAAGGCUCAGACGGUGCAGCCUCGAGUUAUCAGGUGAAACAGCUGGAGGAACAGAACGCACGACUGAAAGAGGCACUGGUCAGGAUGCGUGACCUGUCAUCAUCUGAGAAGCAGGAGCACGUGAAGCUGCAGAAGCAUAUGGAGAAGAAGAACUCUGAGCUCGAGACUCUGAGAGUGCAGAAGGAGAAAAUGCAAGAGGAGAUGAAGCAGGCCGAGGCCACCAUCGACGAGCUGAAAGAGCAGGUGGAUGCUGCGCUGGGAGCAGAAGAGAUGGUUGAAACUCUGACCGAGAGAAAUCUGGAUCUGGAGGAGAAAGUGAGAGAGCUGAGAGAGACCGUCACCGAUUUGGAAGCAAUAAAUGAGAUGAACGAUGAGCUGCAGGAGAACGCGCGAGAGACAGAGCUGGAACUGCGCGAGCAGCUGGACCUGGCGGGAGCUCGAGUCCGAGAGGCCAACAAGAGAGUGGAAGCGGCUCAGGAGACUGUGGCCGAUUAUCAACAGACCAUCAGCAAAUACCGGGAGCUCACCACUCACCUACAGGAAGUGAACCGAGAGCUGACCAAUCAGCAGAGCGCCACAGCCGAGCAGCUCCAGCAGCCUCCUGCCGAGCUUUUCGACUUCAAAAUCAAAUUCGCGGAGACCAAAGCUUACGCCAAGGCCAUUGAGAUGGAGCUGCGUAAGAUGGAGGUGCAGCAGGCCAACAGGCAAGUGUCACUGCUCACUUCGUUCAUGCCCGACUCCUUCCUGAGGCACGGAGGAGAUCACGACUGCAUCCUGGUGCUACUACUCAUCCCCAGACUCAUCUGUAAGGCAGAGUUGAUCAGUAAACAAGCCCAGGAGAAGUUUGAUCUAAACGAGAACGUUACAGAGCGCAGUGGGCUGCGUGGAUCCGCGGGGGAGCAGCUGAGCUUUGCUUCAGGACUUGUGUAUUCCCUCACAAUGCUACAGGCCACCCUGCGCAAAUACGAGCAGGCACUAAACCAGUGCAGUGUGGAUGUGUUUAAGCGGAUGGGGACGCUGCACUCUGAGAUGAGCGUACACGAGCGUUCUCUUGACUUCCUCAUUGAGCUGCUGCAUAAAGAUCAACUAGAUGAGACGGUGCAAGUGGAGCCUCUCACCAAGGCCAUCAAAUUCUACCAGCAACUGUACAGCAUCCACCUGGCUGACCAGACUGAAGACUGCACCGUGCAGCUGGCAGACCACAUCAAGUUUAUCCAGAGUGCCCUGGACUGUAUGGGGGCAGAGCUGGGGCGCCUGCGUUCCUUCCUGCAACCUGGGCAGGAAGGGGUGGAGCUUACGUUGCUUCUGAAGGACCUGGACACUUCCUGUGGAGACAUUCGUCAGUUCUGUAAGAAAAUCCGCAGGAGGAUGCCUGGGACUGAUGCUCCUGGGAUACCUGCCGCACUCUCUUACCCUCCUCAGGUGGGUGAGGCGCUGGUGGAAAGCAGGAAGCAGCUGAGUUGUGUAGUCGCUGUGCUCCAGGAGACCGCAGCAGCAGGAGCUCAACUCAUCGCUACCCUGUCGGAGCAGGAGGGGCUCAGCGCGCCCACACUCGAGGAUGGAGUCUUUAAAGCGGUGGAGCGGAUUUACGGUUCUCUUGAUCAAAACCCACGUGAGUGCCUGCGCCAAUCAUGCAGCGCUGUCAUAGCAACCAUGAACAAGAUGGCCACCGCCAUGCAAGAGGGAGAGUAUGAUUCUGAGAAACCGCAACGUGUGCCUCCCCCUGUGGAGGUGCGUUCUGCUGCUCUGAGAGCUGAGAUCACCGAUGCAGAAGGACUCGGCCUCAAACUGGAGGACAGAGAGACGGUCAUCAAGGAACUUAAGAAGUCCCUCAAGAUCAAGGGGGAGGAGUUAAGUGAGGCGAACGUGCGUCUAAGUUUGCUGGAGAAGAAGUUGGACACGUCUACUAAAGAUGCAGACGAACGAGUGGAGAAGAUCCAGACCAAACUGGACGAGACAAACGCGCUGCUGAAGAAAAAGGAGAAGGAGUUUGAGGAGACCAUGGAUGCACUGCAGGCUGAUAUUGACCAGCUGGAGGCAGAGAAAGCAGAGCUUAAACAGAGACUCAACAGCCAAUCACGCAUGACUAUCGAAGGGCUGCGUGGAACACCAGCAUCCGGCAUCGCGUCUAUCGUCACAGGAGGCGCUACAGGAGGUGUGGUCUCUGGUAUAGCGAAUGUAUCAGGUACUGUGCAGGUGGUGGAUUCACCUCUUCUGAAGCAGCAAAUGGAUGUUCAGAGGUUCGCAAUCAAACACCUGAAGAACGAAAACUACAGACUCAAGGCAGAGAAGAUGAAGGCGCAGCUGGCGUCCCUUCCUCCUCUAAGCGUGCCCAACAUGGCCGGUGCGAUGAAGGACGGCUCGCUGAGCGACGGCGUUUCCGGGACGCUGUACCGGAAAACGGACCUCCUGCUGAGCAACCUGCUUAAGAUGAGCGCCGGCGUGAAAGUAGUGGACAUCACAGGAAAAACACCCGUAAGUGCCAGCGCUCAGCUGCUAGAGCAAACGGCUAGACUGCAGUCUCUGAGUGACGCUCUAGACAAACUAAAGAACGAAGUAUCCGAGCACGUCGUAAACCAACAGCUGGGAGCUCGAGUUCGCACCGAUUUUGCCACGUUCCCGUCAUCGACCUUCAUCAAGGCGGAGGGGGAGAAGAGGUGUGGCACCGUACUGGUAGGUAAAGUGAUGAUCCCGUGUGCUCGCGGUAAAGAACAAGCCCACUCUCUCUUCCUGUCACGGCACCAGCUUCAGCGUGUGCACCACCUCCUCAUGACCUAAAACACUUCAUUUCAUUGGACCACCUCAAUCAGGAAAAGACUCCUCCACCACCAAUCAGAGACACCCUUUCACAGCACUUCCUGUUUUCUCUCAGGAACUUCAAUCCAGGCUUUCAGAUUUCUUUUCCAAACCAAAGAGAAUCACCUCUGUUCAGUAGCUUCAGGUUAUUCACGGUGAAAGGACAUUCAGGCUCUUCUUGUAGAAACUUGUUUUUGUACUUGAUCAUUAUAAUUUUGGAGAGAAAAAAAUCUCACACUGAAGGAUUUGUACCUCCAAAAUUAAAUGGGUGGGGGGAAAAAAUCUGAAUGGUUAAAACACUACCACUAAAAACGAUUGCUCCUGCUCCUGAUGACUUUGCCGUUUAGGACGUCAUUCUCUUGAAUAUGAAGUGUUUAGAGAAUCUUAUGCAAUUUUUAAGGUGCGUAGCAAAUGGAACAGUACGGUUUAAAUUUUAGCAAAAAAAAAAAAAAAUAGUUAAAGCUAUAUCGGGGGAAAAAAUAGAUCGUAGUUCUUUCGUGUUUGUAAUUCUGAAAGCUAGUUCCAUGAAAACAAAGUAUUUACAGAUUUAUGCAAAAAAUUUUUGUCUGUGUUGGAAGCGGUUAUUCUAAAUAUCACUCCUUUUAUAAAAGCUUGCUCACUUUAGAAUAGUAUUAACAAGGGAUGCACAAUUUUUUUUUUUCUUUCUUAUCUGACAUGAUCUUAAUAUCCGAGUUGAGUGCUAUUCGGAUACUGUUUCCCCCCGCUUUUAAUUAUUACAAACAAACUGCUUGCUGUUAUUCUAUUUCAGCUCAUUAAAUAAAUAACUAAACUGAAAAGAAAAAAAAAAUGCUGCCGUUUAUCUAAGGCCGAUACUCUGGAGCAUAUCGGUGCAUCCCUUGUGUUCGUGCACAUUAACGUUCCCCUUUGGAUACUAAACACCUAGUUAAAAUGACGACGACGACGAUGAUUAAAUAGUAAAUAAUCCGUUCGUUCGCAUUUCUCUUUAACACACGGAAAGGACCAAAUCGAUACCAGGCACACAUCUCUGCCUUUUCAAAAUCCCCGCUCAUGAUUUAUAACGAGCAGGAAAUCUGCCUGUUUAAGAAUCUGCCAAAUCAGUACGGGUUGUAACGAAUCCCGCUCUCCCACUUUAACAUGCGCUAAAAUGUUCUUGUCAUUAUUAUUGUUAUAUUUAAGUGUCUUUUGCUGGUAUAGAAGGAAACGUGUUCACAUCCUUUCACUAAUAUUACAUCAUUUCAUUUCUGGCUAACCUCAAUCCAUGUAAUGCGAUAGAUAUUUAAUGAUUUUUGCAUUGAAUAAAAGUGAAAAAGAAAAAGAAUUUCUCAAGUAUUUCCAUUGAUAUCCGACGUAGAAAUAUAGGAAAUUCUUUUAUAAAAGGGUUCACGAACUUUCAAGCACCACUGUGAAUUCAUUCUACAAAAUCAUUCAGGUGUUAAUGGAACCAUUUGACUAAAAAAAAUUUUUUUUUUAAUGAAUAAAUAAAUGCAACAAGCACAUUGCAUACA